AUGUUGAACGUCCUCAAGAGACUUGAAAACCCUAAGAGACCCUUACUUGGGCCCAACGUUAAGGCACUAAAAUUUUGGGGCUUACUCCUCCCUGAGAAUAUCUAUAUGAAGUAUUUCUACUUGCUCAUGCAUGUGCUCGUAACAAUCUUUACGGCUACCGAAUACGUCGACAUCUGGUUCAUCAAAUACGAUCUCAACCUUAUCCUUAACAACUUAAAGAUCACAAUGCUGGCAACCAUGAGCGUUUUCAAGAUCACCACCUUUUUGUACUGGCAGCAGCAUUGGAAAGACAUCAUUGAAUACGUCACAAGAGCUGAUCUGGCUCAGCGAGCAACCGAUGACGUCGAAAAGAAUGUCCUCAUCACCAAAUCUACCAGAUACUGCCGCAAAAUUACGUUGUUCUAUUGGUCUUUGAUGUAUACUACGGUGGUGAUUGUGAUCUUUCAGCCGAUCUUCAAGUAUUUCUUGUCGAGAAAUUACAGAGAAAACGUGAAUAAUGGCACGGAUAGCUACUUGCAGGUUGUCAGCUCAUGGGUGCCAUGGGACAAAAGCACGAUCCCAGGGUAUUUGAUCGCGUCAGCUUUCCAGUCCUACGCAGCAAUUUAUGGCGGAGGCUGGAUCACAUCUUUUGAUAGCAAUGCCAUGGUCAUCAUGGUGUUUUUCAAAGCUGAAUUAGAGCUGUUGAAGAUUGAUUGCGCUAACAUGUUUGGAACUGAAAUGAAGCCUGUUUCUGAUGAGGUUGCCUUGAAGAGGCUCAAGGAUUGCCAUAGGAGGCACGUGGAGUUGCUUAAAUAUUCCCGUUUGUUCGACGCUUGUCUAUCGCCAAUAAUGUUGUUAUACAUGUUCGUUUGCUCUGUAAUGCUGUGUGUUACUGCUUAUCAAAUUACUUCGGAGACGAGCGCUAUGCAGCAGUUCUUGACGACUGAGUACCUUGUGUUCGGUAUAGCACAGCUGUUCAUCUAUUGCUGGCACAGCAACGACGUUUAUUAUGCAAGUCUUCAACUCAGCCAGGGGCCAUACGAGAGCCUCUGGUGGUGCAGAGACGUCGCUCACCGCAAGAACCUGUACAUCCUCACAGCUCAGUUCAGCAGGGUCGUGGUCUUCUCAGCUGGACCGUUCACCAAGCUCACUGUGGCUACUUUCUUAAGUAUCAUAAAAGGCGCCUACAGCUACUACACUCUUCUAAGUAAAUCACAGACUAAAUAAAAAAAAAUCUGUGU